GGACUUGACCUUUUUCAUGAGUAGCAUGUAGUGCUGGAGGAUUAUCGGAAGUUGGAGGGUUAUCGGGCGUUUGACGAUUGACUUCAGUCUCAGGUUGGCGUUCGGGGAUUGACAAGGUAGUACCCAUUCCAAAGUCAACUUUCACUGUCCAAAUUUGGAGAGGUGCGAGCUGGUUAAUUCGACCGGACGUUCUUAAUUGCUAAUAUGGUCCAAAUGACGAUGGAUUUCACAUCCAUUAUGGUCAAGUCCAAUCGGAACUUGAAGGACACCGGACCCGAGGUAUAAGUGUGAUGAUACCCAGUAACCAUUGGUAACUGGUCUUCAUAAAGUUGCGAACGAACACGGUGUCGCCAUCCGUGACACUUGCGCCAAGGUUUGCGUAUGGGUGUCCGUGAAAGUGACGCAUGAACACAUCGUGUACGCAACGCAGCCCAAAAAACGUACACAUUAAAAGGCGCCUUUAAUGGCAUGCAUGAAGGUGGCACACAGUGCGUUCAGCUAAUCCGUGAAAGGCCGGGUGAUAUGAAGAUGUGCGAAUACGCACGAUACCAUUUUUUUAUGAAUUCGCAAUACAUGGGUUGCAAACAACUGUCUCAUCUUCUCGAUUGCUGCAGGAGUGGUGGCGUGGUUCAUCGGGAAAACCUCCAUGUACUUGGAAUGCGAAUCCACAACGACGAGGAACAUCUCGCCCAUGUUAAGGGCCGGGGCCUGCAUAGUCAAUAUGCUAUAUGGACCAGGGGCGGUCCGACCAUUUCCACGGAUGCUGUUUGGAGGCAUGGGUUGAUAUUUCUGGCACUGAGCUGUGGCAUACUUUGACCUCACAAACAUCUCAAGCUUGUGUCGAGCACAUCCAUCUUAAGCCACCAAUUAAGCGAACCCUCUGGUGAGACUUUUCAUCCGGAAUAUGCCUAGGGUGACCUUCGUGAAGGCCAUGGAGAAUGUGCUCUCGCCCUUGUGGUGGGACGAUCACUCGAUUGCCCCACAUGAGGCAAUUAUCUUGCACAGAAAGUUCACUAUACGAACUCUGUAGGGUUUCAGUAUCCUCCUCCACGCUAUUGUGUGAGGGCCAUCCUUCCCCCACAAUGCCAAGUAUCUUGAACAACAGAGGAUUGCGUCUAGUCGAAGGGCAAAUGUGCGAUGCCGAGACAGGAGAUGCGUGUCAUUGAGUGCUCUUCAUGAUAUCAGAACAGUCUCGGCGGGAACCGGCACUUCGGCAGGAGCGGUAUAGGCAAGGGUAAACGACUCAGUGCGUCUGUAUUUCCUUGGGCUGUGGUCGAUUUGAAGACUAGCGUGUACUCGUACAUUGCUAAGAAACUAUGGGAAAUAUAGAGCAACUUCUUCGUGAAGAAUCUCCUGUCAACGUGCUUCUUGACCGCCUGACCAGAUUGAAUGGCAAAGGGACGUACACAGCUUUUAUUGAAUGCCUGAGAGAUAAAGGGAGUGGCUUCAUCGCCGACUUCAUUGAAGGCGUCCCAGGCAUCGAGGACGAAUCCCACAAUUUGUGGAGGCACCUGAUACAAGCCUUCCAUGACUCCCUCAACAAAAUGGCUCCAUGUGAGAUGUUGCCCUACCUGCACUGCCUCUUGGAAGAGGAAAAGGAGAGCAUUCGACAGACGGCCCAGUACCACGGCGACAUCAGGGGAGCUGUUCGUCUUCUCGGCAUUAUUCCCAAGAGAGGCAAAGAUGGAUUUCGGCAAAUGAUAGAAGGUCUAAGACACACAGGUCUAACAAAGCUCGCUAACGAACUGACUGACCUUUCUUGUCCAUCUAAUUGCACAGAUAAUUGUAGUACCAACAAUCUUUCUCCUGAAGAUGUUGAAAUGGAGGACUGCUGUUGUAGUUCAAGCAUGGACACAAGCAUCAUUGCUGACAAGCCCAACAUUUUCGAGAGCAGCAGCCCAGUUGAGAACACCAGCGGAUGCGACCCAACAUGGACUGGGGCUUGUUCCCCGCAAUCCAGCACGGAAGAAGGGGAGACCUGCGACGCUGACUUCUCAAGUGGUGAUGAGCCCAGAGCUCUCAAGCUGCGUGGCUACCAGGAGGAGCUGGUGGCAGCUGCGCUGCAGGGCAAGAAUUGCCUGGUCGUGGCCCCCACUGGCUCAGGCAAGACUCUGGUGGCUGCUAGGCUGGUCAAGGCAUUCCUCGACAGGGAGGAUGGUGUAGGGCAGCGUUCUGGAAAUCCUGCUCAGGUCGAAGCAGGUGGAUCCAACAAGGUAGUCUUCCUCGUCAACAAGGUACCUUUGGUGGAGCAACAGCGGAACGUCUUUCAGAGGUACAUGAGCCAGAACAGCAUUAUGGGCCUGAGCGGCGAGAUGAGCAACUGUGGCUCACUGGUCGACCUGUUGGAGGAGCAUGACGUGCUGGUCAUGACAGCCCAGAUUCUGCUGAAUGAACUGAAAGGGACUAAGGACGACAAUGAACGCAUGGAGCUCUCCAGUAUUGGCCUCCUUAUCUUUGAUGAGUGCCAUCACUGCCAGAAAGGCGAUCCUUACAACAGAAUCAUGGCUUACUACCGUGAUAUGAAACUGUCCUCUCCAGCAACUCCAAGACCCCAGGUACUUGGGCUGACCGCCUCUAUGGGGGUGGGCAAAGCAAGCACCGCCUACGAGGCAGAAUACCACAUCAUGAAGAUGUGUGCUAAUCUGGACGCCGAGGAGAUCUGUAUGGUUCAGGAUCCACGCAACCAGGAGGAGCUGCGACAGAUACGGGACAAACCAGAGGAAGAUAUCUUCGAGGUGCCAGGCCGCAAGAACAAUGGAUUUGUACAAGAGGUCCAUGGCAUAAUGGCAAAGAUUGAAGCCAAAAUAUCACAGACUCCAGAGGGCAACUCUUGGAUGAAACAGCCUGCUUCGAUGCCAAGGCGAGGCACCCAGGGUUAUGAAAACUGGCUGGUUCAAAUGGGGAAAUAUAUCAUCCAAAGUGUCCCGGAUGAACAGGCUCGCAGAAGACUAAUCACCUGCAAGGACCAUUUGAAGGAAUACAAUGACUGCCUCUACAUCAACCGUGAUGCAAGGACAAAGGAUGCACUGAACCACAUCAAAACCUUCAUAGAGGGUCUUCAGUUUGGAACCAAAAGCCUCAAUCCAGACGAACAGCAGUUGGUAGAAUUAUUUCAAGGCAAGCUGAAAUAUUUGAAGCUACUGGCUGUAAAUCCAGACUCAAAACUUCAGAAUCCACUCUUGGCGUGUCUGACCAAGCUCCUGACGGACACAUUGGUCGGGAACUCAGAUUCCCGCGGCAUCCUCUUCUGCAAGACCCGCGCCACGGCAAGGGCCUUGCACGCAUGGCUGGAGACUGCGCCCGGCCUUCAGUGCCUACGGGCAGGCAUACUGACCGGAACUGGAGGGAGUGAAGGCAUGACUCAAACCAGGCAAGGGGAGUUGCUGGAUAUGUUCCGUGAGGGCAAACACAGACUGAUCGUUGCCACCUCGGUAGCAGAGGAAGGACUGGAUAUCCAGCAGUGUAAUGUGGUCAUAUGCUGUAACUACAUCUCCAACGAGAUUGGAAGAGUCCAGGCCAAAGGAAGGAGCAGGGCCCGUGGUGGGAAGUUUUUCUUGGUGAUAUCAGAAGAGCUUGCCCUGACCAGCCGUGAGUUCCGAAACCGCAUCCGUGAGAAGAUGAUGUACAAGGCUACAGAGAGCCUUCAGAAAAUGCAGGAAAUGGACAGAGAAAAGUUUCUUGAAAAGAUAACUGAGAUUCAAAAGAAGAACCGCACAGAGCGUAGGGUCAAGGAACGCGGCCUGGCCCGUCUGACGCAUGAUGAGAAGCUACGAAAUGUCAGCCUGCUGUGUCGCAAGUGCAGCCACCAUGUCUGCACACUGGACGAAAUCCGCUGCAUUGAGAACGCCCACCAUGUGGUGCUCAGCAAGUCCUUUACCAAGCAGUGUAGGCUGGUCCCUCACGAUAAGCCCGUCAAGAAGACGGACUUUGAGAAGCUGCAGCGCAUCCUCUGCGGGAGCCCCACCUGCUCCCAAGAGUGGGGCAUCCAGAUGAGGUACAAGAGCUGUGUUGUCUUUGCUUUGACCCCAGUCAACCUGAUAUUCCAGACAUCCACCGGGAAGAGACAGAGCCACCGGCACUGGAAACAAGUGCGACUGUUCUACGCAAUAGCUGAGAUGAACAUUGAUGAAUUGUUUGAUGUGACCAUGGAGGAUUAUGAGGAUAACUUUGAGGAUGAUGACGAUGACAUCUGGGCACCGAAUUAAACUGUCACACUUGCCCACCUAAAAACACAUUUUUCAUAGCAUCACAAGAUAACAACAUACAUAUGCAUGUAAUAAGGAUAAGCUAGUACUGACCAGACACUCGGCACCACCAUCCCCUCAUCACUCGGAGGUUAGUGGACCUGUAAAGAUUCCGGCAGGGCCAAGAAGGCAGAGACAGGGUGCAGUGUGACUGGGGGAUGCCCCGAUGGACUGUCCCUGCGAAAUAACUCUUUAUGUGGUAUACUUGAAAUUACUAUAAGAUACGCAUUGUUAAAAUCUUACCAGAAAAAAUACCUUCGCAAAAAAUGUACAAGUUUUGGGGCACAUGUAACUGUAUGUGCCCGUAACACUCCAGUUGUGGUAAUAGUGCCCUCCCCCAGACCAGAUGUUCUUGACUUUAAUGCACUUAAAUCACUCCCGAACCAGACAGACAUGUCACCCUAUCAAUGUUUCUGGACUCAGUCCUUGAGAACCUAGUUGUAUUUAACAACUCAAUUAUAAUUUUUAUCUGGCUGCACAUUUCCAACUAUUUACAAACACAAUUUCACCAUGAUUUUAUCUAAUGUUUUAUUGAACUGAGUGGAUUAUUAUUUUGUUGAGUUUGUGGUGAUAAUUCAGUCGACUGAACUUCUCACCGAGUUUAUCUUAUUUGGUAAAACAAACUUCUGCUUGCCGUGCUGGGAACAGUUCUGCCAUCUUCAUAAAGUUUCACAUUUAUAAAAGCUCAUCGUGCUAUUGUGCUGUAGCGGCGUAACUAGGGAGGCAUGUACCCCCUCCCCAUUUGAAAUCCGCAAAUAAUCUUUGUUGAAAUGCAGCUGCAGCUUAUUUUCUUGUGGUGCCCCCUUGAAAAAAACAUGCACUCCACAUGUGCCCCAGCCCCCCCCGACAUGUAGCCAUAGUUAUGCCACUGUUGUGUUGUCUGUGUAUGUGACAUUUUAUGUAGUAAAAUACUGAACACAAAUUGUAGUAAUUUAUACAAAAGUAUAUUAACCUGACAUAUUUGCUAAUAUCGUCACAUCCUUUUUUCCCGCAUGUUAUGCUUAUAGUUGUUUGAAUACCAAUUUUGUGAAAUUGGACAUAUCGUUCUCCUGCAGCUCCUGUUUUGCUGAAAAAGAUCAGCUAAAAAUGUGUGCGUUUCAUGUUGCAUUAUGUUACUGAAGUGAAAUGGAAGGGCAUACUUCCAAGUGAAAUGAACUGGAUAUAGAUAUGCUGACCAUUGAUUACAAUGAAAGCACUAACACGGCAGGUCAUAUGCCAAUUGCUAACUGUAUGCGAAAAUGGCAUUAAAAUAGUUGAUGACGUGUAUUAUACAAUGUAACCUAAGACAAUGUGUUGGUAAAAAUAAAUGCUAUGAAUUGAAUGCAAUUAAAUACCGGGUGGUAAUUUUAAUAUAUGCUGUAGUUCUUACAAAGAAAUCAUUGCUAACAGAAAAGUGGUUAUUUUGAAGUGUUCACAGAUGCAUAUACAUUUACUAGUUCAUGAAAUAAAAUAACUAAAGUUGA